CAACCAGCCAGCCAGCCACCUCCUGCCGCAGUGGGUCAUCCUCCUCCUCCUCCUCCUCCUCCUCCAGCUCUCUCUUUCUCUAGCCUGCAGUUCGGUAUUGGAGGGAAAGAAGAGGAUCAGCGGUAAAUUCCUUUCGAAGUACGGACGGCCCCCUCACCAACACCACCACCACCACCACUACGACCACCACCACGACCACGACCAGUGCAGCCCAACCACUACCACUGUUCCUUCACUCCUACACUCACCAAUCAGUCAACAGAAGCAGAGGCAAUCACCACUCACACACCCACCCAAACACACACCAAUCACCACCACUGCUACCACAACAAACCACCACAACACCAGUUCAGUCACAACCACAACUUAGAAGCACUUUAAACCACAACUAUUAAGCUGUUACGUGAAUAGAUAAAAAAAAAAAACACCACUACCACCACCACCACCACCACUAUUACACAGCUCACUACACCAUUACCUUUACCACCACCACCACCACCACCACGGGCAAUGCCUCCUCCCAAGUAUCCCCAUUCUUUGUCUUCGAGUGACUGAACAAUUUUCUUUCACUUUAAACCUCCUCCACGCCCUCCACACACGGCUCCCACAAUCCUCCUGUCUCUCUCUCUCUCUCUCUCUCUCUCUCUCUCUCUCUCUACCACUGCAUCACCAUGACCCCCAAGCCGCUGCUCCCCUGGCUCGCCCUCCUGCUGCUGCGCCUUCUUCUGCUGCUCCUUCCUCUUCAGGCUGAUCCACUGCAUGGGGGAGUGACAGCGGUUGAUUCGGCCCCUCCUUUAGACCAGUCAGCUGACCCUGAACGCGCCUCCAUGUCCCUACGCCUUCUGGACGCCUUCAUUAGGAGGCCAAGACAAAUCCGAUUCAAGAGUUCCUACCUGGAAUUACCUGACGUGUUGCGAGACCUGGUGGGCAUCAAAGGACUCGGGCACCUGUCUUACUUUGUACAGGUGGAUGUGCCCGUCACGCCGCCCACCAGCAAAGCCCUGGACAGGCUCCCCGCAGGCACCAAGACCUACUUCCCUCCCUACGUUUCGCUGCUCGGCACUCCGGCUAUCAACCAAACCACCACAGAAGGGCCACAACACUCCUCCGCCGCCUCUAAAACUUUAGCUCCCUCACAGGCCAUGGACAAGCAGAGUGGGUUUGGAGGCCUUGCCGUCAUCCCUGUCAAAAACAUUUCCCAAGUAACCGACAACAAACUCGAUGCUCUACUCUCUACCUCGACUGUUUCUACCUCACUUGGGACGGACAGUGGACCCUUCCCCACUCCCAGCUUGGCGGCGCGACUUCAAAAUGUUUCAUAUUCUACUUCUGAGAUCUCUUGGCACCCUCAGUCUUUUAAUUUCCUGCAUUCUUCCCCGCUGGGAGUGUCUUCAUCUCCGCCUCACACUAUUAAAGUCGCCUCAUCAUCACAGACGAUCACAAUACCUGCUCUCACCACCACCACCACAUCCAUCACUCCUGCUCCUCAGACUGCCUUCGUCACCACCACACCCUCCACUUUAUCACACCUACCCUUAUCACCAACGCCAUCCUUCUCAUCCUCGUCUUCGUUUCUAUCAAGCUACUUUUUCUCCAUUUUCUCGAGCACCACACCUUCGCCUCUCACUGGGAAUACUUCGAGCUCUCCUCCUGCAGUAGGUUCUUCACGCACUGUUAACUUGACGCCAGGUAACUUCUCCCUCCGUAAGACACACACCACAACCCCGCGGCCUCACCAAGCAGCGCCGCCACCACCGCUGGUAUCAACAACACCAACAUCAACCUCAUUAUCGUCUCAUUUACCUGCCAAAUAUCCUCCUCCAGUCAAAUCCAAUUCCACUGCAUCUUCAUUUCCCUUAAUUAAAAAACAUUCUUCAGCGCUCAAAUCAUUUACGCUCCCCUCUACGUCCUCCCCUUCUUCAAAGUCAUUUGCAUUCCCCUCGCCGCCUUCAUAUUCCUCCCUCAAGUCACGCGCACCGACCUCCAAAUCCUCCCCUCCUUCAGUUCACUCGGUCACACACUCAGUCACGACGGUCCCCUCAAAGCAUGCUGUUAAAUACGCGAAGUUUACACCCACCUCUUCUGUUGUUAAGUCAGUCAAAGUACUCACCUCGCCCUCCACCUCCCCGGCGCAGUCCCCUCCCUCGCAGUCUCCUCGAACUCUACGAACAACCUCGCGUCCUAGAGUCAUUCAUUCCAACCAAUCUUCUAAAACAGCUUCAGGGAGCGACUCAGGCAAUCACUCACCCAGACGCCCCUCGCUGCGCCCGCCCACACAUCUUGCUUCAUCAGCUUCCACCACUUCAAGUCCUCUUCCUCCCGUGCGCACUCCCUCGCCAUCCGCCCUACCCACACAGCCCUCCAAGUCCUCUUCACGCUCAUCUCGGCUUCUUAAUAACUUCUUCUCCAAAUCAUCACAUCCUUCCCUGCCCAGUAGCUCUUCCUCUCAUCUCUUGACUCAGACGAGAGCUCUCCCGUCCCUGUCUUCUCUACCGUCACUCAAACACCCCACAGAGCCCUCAGCCUUUAGUGUGCCAUCCUCAAAGCUAAGACCCACACCUACGGAGACUAAUCCAAAGACCUUUUCCAGCACUUCAACACAGGUAACCCAGUCUCCUCAGGGCUGGAAGCGGGGAAGAGUUGUAGAAGUUGGAGGAAAUGUCAAAAGCAAAGUAGGGGGAGCAGAAGGGACAGGAAGAAAAGGCGGAACAGGGGAAGGAGGAAAAGGAGGAAGAGAAGGUAAACGUGGAGGAGGUACGGAUGGCCAAGGUGGUAAGGAAGGUAAGGCUGGGAAAAGAACACUUGGGGACAUAAUACGAGACAGAAAGUCAUUCCUUAGAAGACUAAAGGGCGGGAGUAAAGGUGUAGAUAACGUAGAUCGAGUUAGCAGAUUAGAAAAGUUACAAAUAAGGAAUAAAUCGGGCAAGGGAAACAGAACAUUAGAUGACAGACUGGGCGUUGCUUUGUCUGCUUUGAGGACGACGCCAAAACCCGAGGACAGGACGCGACCUCCUGACGGCGACACAGACAACGACCCUGUUGUACCCGAGCGAGGCAGUGCAGACCUCCAGAAGCUGCGCUCCAUCCCCCACACUGCCUUCGUUUGCCCCGACACGAGCGAGGCUGGCUACUUUGCUGACCGCGAGACAGGAUGUCAGGUGUUCCACGUGUGCUGGCAGAAGAGAAGAGCCACAUUCCUGUGUCCCGCUGGCACGCUCUUCAAUCAACGGCUGCAGGUGUGUGACUGGAGCUACAACGUGGAUUGUGACGUGACACUUGAGGUUCCCUGGCCUGUGUUAGUGUAGUGCGCUGGCUGUGCAGUGACAGGUCACUACAGACACAUGCUUCACCCAGAAUGUGACUCCCUUUUCGCUCGGAUGCUGGACAUUAAUGCAGUGAUCACAUCAGUCAUUCAUUUCGUAUUAAGCUCAGCCGGGGUUCAGCUCAACGGCGCCACGCAGCCGGUCACGUACCUCUACAGCAGCGUGGCGGCCUUGCACUUCCCGCUGCUGCCUCUGCUUGCCGCCCCCUGUGCGGCCUCUGAAGAGCCAUAAGGAAAGCUGUGAUUUCAUAUUUGAGCUUCAUAAAUAUUUCAGUAUAC